GCAAGACAAGAUCUCCGCAGCGCCGAAGCAGCAGGGUCGUGGGAAGCGGUCGCACACACUGUCUACUGCUCAGGAAGAGACAACCGAGGCAAGCAACACAGAGCUUUCAAUUCUGUGACUGGCUGCUGGCUGAGAGUAAAUUGACAGGCCCGGCUUACUAACGGAGAUGGGUCUCUUACCACAGCGGUGCCGCUUAACGAGCGUCCUUCUCUCUGCGGCCGUUGCAGUGCUCGUCACUGUCAUGUGGUCGUCCUUCGCCCGAGCACUGCCGCGGCUCAGUGCAUCGUUUCCUCGCCACUCAUGUGCCAUCGGCCCAGCAGUGCUUGCCGGCCACAUCAGCAGCACCAACCAGCACCAGCCCAAACUAUCUGCCGCAUUCACUGAAGAGGACCGUCACGCCGAUGGCGCCCAGAGGCCGGCCAGUGAGGUGAGAGCCAUCGACCAGGUCGGCCGUGUGUGCGACGCCUACCUGCACGACAAGGGAGAGACCCCGCUGAGCCUCACGGUGGUUGCGGCCGCAUACACCGUCCUGAUGCCGUUGCUGUUGUCGGCGGCUGAGGGCACUGAGGGGUGUGAGGUGACUGUGGACGCCCACCCCAUCGGCUUCUACAGAGUGGACGUCAGGGGCACUGAGAAACACAACCACAAGAACCGCAUACACGUGGCCGUCACAGGUCAGUCAGUCGACGCCACUCGUGUGUGUGUGUGUGAGCCUCGUUGAUUUGUCUGAUGGGUGCAGGUCAUUUGAAGGAUGAGUUUGUGCACGAGCAUCGCGAGAACUCGGCCUCGUUCAACGUGGGCGGCGGCUACACCAACUGA